UUAUGAACAUGCUGUGAUAGUUUAUGGCUUUAACUGGCCACGUCCACUUGCUCUACCAAAUGUUUGUAUGAGUUAUAAUAUUAAGCAGCUAAAAAAACCAGAAAGUGUCAAAGAAUACUGGCGUAAAUGUGCAAAGCAAUUGAAACUUGAAUAUCCUGUUGAUGCAGAACAAAAAGAUGCCGAGAAAUUACCUAAGGAUAACGAAAAUGGCUCAAUACAUUCGAAAGAAUUCGAUCUAUUAAAAAAUGGUGAUUUAUCUGUCGGAAUGAAAAUUGAUAAAAAUGGCAUCAAGCAAUGCAUUCAUCCUGCUAUCGAUUAUAACGGAUUGCCAAUGCCAAAAAUUGAAUUCAAAGAAUCUCAAAUUUUACAGAUAAAAAAAGCGUCACAAAUUUGUGAUAUAAAUAUGCUAUUCGCGGGAUUAGAAAUUGACAGAAAUUUAUCGAAGGAGACGAGAGACGUUACGGAACAUUUCAACCUUUGUAGUGAUUUAAAGACAAGCGCUAUACAUUGUGAAAUAAUCAUAGAAAAAGCACAAAUUGAAUAUGAUAUUAAAAAUUUAAAACCGACUGCUAAGUUAAGCCAAGCUAUUGACGAAGCGCUAGAAUCUAAUACACCAACCGAAAAUCUAAAUCGCGUUUUUGAAAAAUAUGGACAUGUAAUUAGUACCAAAAUAUUUAUUGGAGAUAAAUUAUUGCGAAGCAUUAUAUAUAAUAGAAAACAUAUUGAGCUUAAUGACUUUUCUCAAAAAUUUAAGAAAUUCUCUGAACUAGAUUUAUCCUUUAACGUUAAAACAUUUCAAGAUCCGUAUAUGUAUGAGAUGGAUAGCGAUCCUAUUGAAAUGAGUCAAAUUCCACAAUGGCUUGAAAAUGUAUCAAAUAAAAAAUCUUCAGAUUGGCGCGUUAUUAGACGUGUUGUUACUCCAUUAUAUAAAAUUCUUGAUAUCAAGCAACAACAAAAGAUUGAAAAUCUCUAUAAAAAAGAAGACCGAGUUUUGAUGAACAAUGAGACUCUGCUUAAUAAUGUAUUAUCCAAAGGCUAUCAACGAAUCGUUUUCGAUGAGCCAUUGAAGAGUAACAAUUUUCAAAUAUACGGAAAUAUCGUGACUUCUGAUGGCGAAAAGUUGCCAGAAAUCGUGAAAUUUAGUUUGAAAUCGGAGGUUGGAUUUUCAGUAAGUUGGAAUGAAGAAAUUUCUACCAAUAAGUCGGUUAAACUUCAAUGGAUGCUAAUCGGUUGUCCAAGUGAAGUAGGAUAUUUUGAUUCGAAAACUCGUGAUUUAUCGGCCAAAACUGGUUUUAAAGUUUUACACCUUGAUUCUAAAAGCAAGGUAAAAACAGAAACGUACAAUAAAUUAAAUUUACAUUCUUGGCUUACAAAAAUCAAUAUCGGAGGACCGCUUUCGAAAAAUAACAUCAUUUCGAUUGGUAUUGAAUAUCCUUCGUUUACUGAAAUCUGCUUCAAAUCCGAUUACAAAGUAUGUGGCUCAGUUCUCGAGGUCCUAAUAACAAUAGAAGGAGAUGCGUGUAUAGAACUUAUGAAAAAGAAUCAAUUUGUGGUUGAUAUUAGGUGGUGUGUUUUGGAAGAAUUAGACAAGAUAUAA